AUGGUUGAAAAACAGCAAGAGAUGGGUACCGUUGUUUCGGAGCUGCGGCCCGCGCGAGUGUCGACAGAUGCAUCUUCCACUCCCAACCCGCCGCCACCGCAGCCGCUGUCGCAUAACUUUAUGCUUUUUGCUCUCGUCGUGCUGCUGCCUGUAUCUGGAGCUGUUUUCGCUGCCAUGUCGGUGAACCAAAGCUCCAUAGGCAAUGCGCAGUCUCAAACGGCCAACCAAAUAGCGCUGCUCUCCUUGUGCUACGCCAAUUCUUCUUCGUCGUUUUGUUCAGAGCUGCUGGGCCGAACCGACACCAUCAUCCCAGAGCUUGCUGAGAAGUUGUUCCACCAUGCGCCUGCCGGCCAGUCCAUGACUCUUUUGGAUAGCGAGGGCGGUCGAUCAUUCUUAUUCUCGUCCAUUAUUACUUUUUGGGUGUUUCUGGCGGCAUCGGUGCUUUGCACCCUGUGGUACUCGAUCGAGACGCUGUGGCGAUGGCGACGGGCUCGGCAAGCAAGGGUAGCACACUGA